CAUCAUUCACAAAUUCGUCGCCUUUCCACCGUGUUCACCGAGGAAAAUAGGCGAUUACCUCCACCAACUCAAAUCAUGGCAUUCGAACCACGCCCGACUUCCUUUCCAUUUUUCCUUCCAUCGACUUCCUCUCUUUUAUCGCCGCCACCACCACCAUCGCAGUCAUCAUUCAUGUCUUUCCCUCCCCCCAUCUCCCAAAUGAUGAAUUCUUCCCUCCCAAGAAACGCAAACCCAAUCAUGGCACCUCUCCUCCCACUUCUCGGUCUCUUUAUCCCCUCCUUCCUUCUCUUCCCCACACUCUCACCGCCCACCCGCAAUCCUAACCCUAAUGGCAUUUCCCUCCCUCAUCCUUCUUUUCUCGUCACUCAUCCCCUUCACUUCCCCCGAACCCCUCCCGGGUUUCCUCAGUCUCUCCUGCGGCGCUUCCACGCCCUUCACCGACUCGUUCAACAUCUCAUGGGUACCCGAUUCCCCCUACAUCAACCUCGGUCGUUCUGUCCCAUCCCUACCCCUCCGCUUCUUUGCAGAAUCCCACCCCGCCCGCAAUUGCUACCGCCUUGCUGUUGGUAACUUCUCCCUCGUUCUCAUUAGGGCGUCGUUCGCUUACAACAACUACGACGGUAAGGGGCUCCCACCUUCCUUCGCCGUUUCACUCGGCACCACCAUGUCUGCAGUCGUUAACCUCUCGCGCGCCGAUCCGUGGGCGGAGGAGUUUGUCUGGAAGGUCGUUGGUGAGACGCUUCUCUUUUGCUUGAUCUCAAUGCCUGGCGCGGGCUUCCCCGUUAUUUCCUCCCUCGAGGUGAGGCUGCUUCCGGCUGGAGCUUACGGGGCCAGCUCCAAGGAACUUAGGGAUACUGUACUGAGGAAGAGAUACAGAAUUAAUUGCGGUUAUCAACAUAAAUCCCCUCUUAGAUAUCCUUUUGAUUACUAUGAUCGGAUCUGGGACGAGGACCAGAAAUUCCACCCUUCCCGUUUAUCCGGUGCGUUCUAUAUGCCUCUGCCUCUCAAAAUUUCAGGGCUAAAAGAGAAUCCUCCACUUGUGGUUCUUCAGACCGCUAGGGUUCUGGCUAGAAGGAAUGUUCUGAACUAUAGAUUUCCCCUUGAGAAACUUGGGAACUACUAUCUGGUUAUCUACUUUGCUGGUGUAAUGCCGGUUUCUUCCUCCUUUGAUGUUCUCGUUAAUGGUGAUGUUGUGAGUUCGGAUUAUCACGUGAGGCAUGCGGAGGUAAGUUCUGUUGUUUACUUGGCAAAAAACAUAGAAAGGCUCAAGCUUUCGUUCAGGAACGUCAGUUUUUAUCCACAAGUGAAUGGGAUUGAAAUAUAUGAAGUACUGAACAUCCCUCCUGAAUGCCCGGCAACUACAGUUUCUGCUCUUCAGGUUAUACAGCAGUCAACAGGAUUUGAUCUAGGAUGGGAAGAUGAUCCGUGCUCCCCAACUGCUUGGAGUCAUAUUGGUUGCAAUGGAAGUCUGGUGACUUCACUGGAGCUGUCUGAUGUGGAUUUGAGGGUCAUCAGUCCAACAUUUGGAGAUCUGCUCAACCUUAAGAAACUAGAUUUACACAAUACAUCACUAACUGGGGAGAUCAUGAACUUGGGCAGUUUACAAGAACUCGAAGUAUUGAAUCUUAGCUUCAAUAUGUUAACAUCCUUUGGAUCUGAAUUUGGCACCAUGAUCAACCUUCAGAUUUUGGACUUGGAAAACAACAGUCUAAAAGGGCCAAUUCCAGAUAGUUUGGGAACUUUGAAGGACCUUCACUUAUUAAAUUUGGAAAAUAAUAAGCUUCAAGGUGUUUUACCACAGUCUCUGAAUAAGAAAAAUCUGGAGAUCAGAACUUCUGGAAAUUUGUGCCUAGCGUUCUCUGCUUCAUCAUGCGAUAGACCUAAAAACCAUACUUCACUUGAAACUCCACAAUUUACAGUCAUAAACAUGAAAAAGCGUUCUGUCCAUACCCACAAAACUAUCAUAAUCAGUGUUGUUGGAUGUUUCUGUUGCGUCCUUUUCCUUGUCACAAUCGUUUUAUUCAUUUCCUGGAAGAAGCGGUGGAGGAAGAAUGAAUUGAUAUCAAAACCAGGGACAACGAGAGAGAUAAAAAAAUGGUGUACAGCCCACAUUUUCACUUACAAAGAAAUUAAGGCCGCAACAAACAAUUUUAAGGAUGUCAUAGGAACUGGGGGAUUUGGAUCCGUGUACCGUGGAAAAUUUUCAGAUGGAAAACAAGUGGCUGUUAAAGUACGUCUUGAUAAAACACAACUUGGAGCAGAUUCAUUCAUCAAUGAGGUUCAUCUUUUAUCGCAAAUUCGGCAUCAAAAUCUUGUCUCCUUGGAAGGAUUUUGUCACGAAUCCAAGCAGCAGAUUCUAGUGUAUGAGUACCUUCCAAGUGGAUCCUUGGCUGAUAAUCUGUAUGGUUCAAACAGUAAAAAUGUAACACUCAAUUGGGCUCGUAGAUUGAAGAUCGCUAUGGAUGCAGCCAAAGGAUUGGAGUAUUUGCACAAUGGAAGCAAUCCAAGGAUCAUUCAUCGUGAUAUAAAGUGCAGCAACAUUCUUUUGGAUCUAGAUAUGAAUGCAAAAGUUGCCGACUUUGGUCUGUCAAGGCAAAUUUCUCAAACUGACAUCACUCAUAUAACUACUGCCGUUAAGGGAACAGAGGGGUACCUUGACCCUGAGUAUUUUGCUACUCAACAGUUGACUGAGAAAAGUGAUGUCUACAGCUUUGGAGUUGUAUUGUUGGAAUUGAUUUGUGGACGUGAACCCUUAAGUCACGCUGGCGCUCCUAAUGCUUACAAUUUGGUACUAUGGGUAUUCCCUAGUCCGAGCUUUUCCUCUCACAAGAUACAUAAGUUAAUAUCCAUAUUUAGAUAUAUCAUGCAAUAUCAGAAAUGCUUUAGAGCUUUUUUUUAUCGAGCUUCACAAAAUUUCUCAACAUCCCUUCAGCCAUAA